CAACAAUUAGUAAAGUUUCCAAAUAAUUUUGGUUAAAAAUACUUUAUAUUGAGAAGCUGUUCAGAAGUGUACUAAUGUUGAAAACCCAUCAGUGCAUAGAACCAAAGGGAUUUAGAAAACAAGCAUAAAUCGAAGUACGAAAGCUUUUUAAGAACCAAUAAAUGUAUCGAGUAUCACAAAUUUAACCAGCAAACGUUAUCGAUUAGAGAAGACGUUGACCCCAACAAUCAAGUUGCGGACUUCAGAUUAUUUAUGUGAUAAGUAAACAAACUGGUGAAAGGAAUAUUUCAGAAAUACUCUCAGUAAAGUACAGUUUGGGAUGAAUUCGCGUCUGAAUAUAUGCAGCACGUAUCAUGAAAUUUUGAAAAUUUCGAUUGCUUUACACGAAAAUCACAGUUUGUAGUUCAGUUUUCACCAAACAACCUAAGUUACCUGCUUUCAACUAAUAAGAAAAUGAGCCGAACACACAAACAGUCUGUUGACUGUGCUUUUGAUGUCCUUGUCAAGUAACCAUGAUUGUGUAUAGAAGUAAAAUUAUCAAGUACGACGUCACUAAUGGUCAGUUGUGACUUGUAGUGAAUAGCAUUAGUAUGGAAGCACCGGGAUUUCACUAGAAUUCGGUAGUGUUUUCUAGAGUUCUGGUGAAUAGGGCGUAAUGUGUGUUGACACAGAGCGAACAUAUGUGAACGUAGACUAGACAGGGCGAGAGAAAUCUAGAACUUUCGAGAAAAUGUCCUUCAAUGACCAAUCAGAUUUGGACUUAAUUACAUUGUAGAAAUAUUAGCGUUCUGAUUGGUUGUUACCCGUUUAGAGGUUAUUGAAUAAUUUCUCUCACCCACCACUAUAUAAGCAAGUUAAACAGUCGAGCAUUCAACGCAUAUUGUUGUUCUAUUUCUGUUAUCGUGUUGAAUAUGUCUGGUGGGCAACAUCAUCAAGCAGUUAGUAUUCCUGUGAAUCGUGAGCAACGGUCAUUUGAGAGGCAGAGACGUGACCUGUUAACUGGCCUGGAACACGGAGGUGGUACUCAUCGUGGCAACCUAAUCGCACCGUACACGGAAGACUGGCCGAGUACUGUGGACAGCUGGAUCAACUCCUCGUGGAGGAGAUGGGAUGAAGACAUGCGACGUUUGAGACGUGGAAUGUUCGCACUAUUACCGUUGGACAACUUCACCCACGGGGUUUGGGAGAAUCCAUUCGCUUUAAUGCACCAAAUGGAUCGUCAUAUCCAGGAUAUCCGAGAGAGAAUGGGCUCAAUGGAUGUUCCGUCGACCGGUUCAGUGAGUGACUUUUUGAAGGACGCCUACGAAAUAGGUGAGGAUGGCAAGGUACAUUUCAAGGUACGAUUCGACGCACAAGGUUUCGCUCCUCAGGACAUCAAUGUGACGUCGAGUGAGAACCGUGUGACGGUACACGCGAAGAAGGAGACAACGACCGAUGGUGGGAAGUGUAGUCGGGAGUUCUGUCGUAUGGUGCAGCUGCCGAAGAGUAUUGAUGAUAGUCAACUGAAAUGUCGCAUGACAGAUGAUGGUGUUUUGAUGUUGGAGGCUCCAGUGAAGGUUGAUCAGAACCAGUCGUUGACGCUGAACGAGUCUGGUCAGGUGGGUGUUCGACCGAAAUCGGACAAUCAGAUUAAGGCAGUUCCUGCGUCUCAAGCACUUGUUGCAAAAGGUGUUCAUGGUCUAUCGUAUGUGGAUGAUGGUUCAGGUGGCAAGCGAUUGCAUGUUGAGGUUCCAGUGGACCCAGUGUACAAGCCUGAAGACUUGUGUGUGAAUGUUGAUUCGAAUCGUGUUGUGGUUAGUGGACGUCAUCAUAAGCAGAAGAGUGGUCAAUAUGGAAAGUCAAGUUCAUUUGCAGAGUUCAGUCAGUCGUAUGCGAUUCCCGAGACAGUUGAUCCGUUAUCUGUUUCUGCUCAGGUAGUUGGCAAUACAUUGGUAUUGGAGGCGCCAUUGGAGAAGCAGCAUGCGAUUACUCAUUAGGAGCUAAAUAGUACGAACUGUAUUUACGAUGAUUGUGAUGAAGAUGGUGAUAAUAAUAAUGGCGAUAAUCAUGCUUACGUGUUUGUUUUAAUUUCCUAAUAAAUGAAUUUACCUACUUGCUAUUUGCUUUCAUAACCGUGAAAUGUUUGUGGCAUGAGUCUUGGUAAUUGAUUGGGUCGGACAACAGGUGGUUUUUCGAGUUAUAUUUAUGCUUUAACAUUUGUCAUGUAUCAGAUUGAGAUUUAGUGUGAAAUGUGCUUUCAUGCGAAUGAAUUUUAUUAGGAUUACGGUGCAGUGAAUUUCGACGUGUGACACCAACUAGUGCUCUUUUUACUCAGAUGGAAAUAGUCGUUUAUUGACUACAUAAACUCUGGAUUUUACGAUUGCUUAUGAAGAUUAGUUACCAGUAUUUGUGUGUAAUACACCGAUUGAAGGUUGGAAUAAAUUGUGUCUGAAUCGGAAGGCUUAGUUCUGGUGAUUUUAAUGGCAAGUGAAUGACUCAUAUGGAAGUAUGGAUUACCAAACAUCACCCCUCCUAUAUUUACGAUUGUUCUCGUUCUUCCCAACAAACCGAACAUUUAUCCAGACCGUUUGUGAGAUUUGGGUGAUCUUAGAAGUGGAUUGUUCUAGCGAUAAUUGUGACUGUCUCGGAAUUGAUAAACUUUGGUCUCUUAGAUCCAGUUUGUGUUGUUGCGCAACCCCAAGCGGCAUAUCGAUGAGAGUGAUUAGACUAGCGUGCUCCGGUAGAUCAGAAGUUCGGAACUGUUCGCUUCUUACUUAUUUACGCCUGUUACUCCUCGUGAAGGAGCAUAGGCCGCUCACCAGCAUUCGCCAUUCAACCCUGUCCUGGGCAAUCCUUUCCAGCUCCUUCCAGUUGUUAUUCGUCCUUUUCAUAUCUGCUUCUACUAUCCGACGUAAUGUGUUCUUAGGCCUUCCUCUUUUCCGCUUCCCUUC